AAGCAAGGAGCAACCAUGGAGCAACGAGCAACCCUUAAAAACUUGUUAAAAAUGAAAAUACUGUUCUGCAGUAAUGUCAUUUGGAAGAAAAAGGUUUGACAUGUUUUGUCAUUCUUGUAUCAUUUUUUUGCUAACCUAAAAUGUUUUUUCAAAUGGCUUAAUUUUGCUAUUUUUUUAGUAUUUUUUAACGGUUACUUUUGCAAAUUUACUGAGCUAAAUCUCGAUCGUAUCGCGAUCAGUGUUUCCGCCUUGCAUUUAAGUUUUACAUGCGUGUCAAUUUUUUAAUAAUGACUUUGCGUUAGUCAUAAUAAAAUGGAAAAUGACCCGAAUAACACAACAGCGGGUCGCGAGACUGGUCGCUGCAUGUCGGUGGCGGCGAUGCAGGCGCUGCACCGCCUGCGCGAGUGCCGCCUGCUGUGCGACGCGCUCGUGCGCGCGGACGACGGCGCCGCCUUCCCCGUCCACCGCGCCAUACUGUCCGCCUGCAGUCCUUACUUUUUGGCAUUGUUUACAACAACUCUACACUCGCGAGAACAGAGCGAUGUGCUGAUAUCGGGCGUGCGUUCAGAAAUUCUGCUGUUGCUGAUCGAAUACGCUUACCUCCGUCGCAUCGAAGUGUCCGACACCAACGUACACGAACUGCUGAUGACAGCGGACUACUUGGCGUUCCUUGGAGUGCUGCAGCUUUGUUGCGAACAUCUUAGAGCCUCGCUGAGCCCCAGAAACUGUCUUGGUAUUAUGAUGUUUGCUAGGCGGGUAUUUUGUUACAAACUGGAGUCCGAAUCUCGACGAUACCUGCUUCGGUAUUUCGUGACAGUGGCGACCCAAAGCGACGAGUUCCUUCACCUCCCGAUCGACGAGCUCAACGGCGUCAUAUUAGAGGAUGAGCUGAACGUUAAGAGCGAGGAAGCGGUGUGGGAAGCCGUUUUGCGUUGGGUCAACUACGACCCUGAUGCACGUUGGCAGCACACCGUCAAGCUUAUGGGCAGCAUACGGCUUGGAUUACUUGACACUCAAUUUUUCUUGGAAAACGUAAAGGAUCAUCCGUAUGUGACGGGGAAUGAAGGUUCGCGUCCGAUCAUUAUCGAAACGUUGAAAUUCCUCUACGACUUGGAAAUGAUUGCCCAGAGAGAUGGGGAAGUGGCCACGCCGGAAAUAGCGCGACCCCGAGUUCCACAUGAGGUUUUAUUUGCAAUAGGCGGAUGGAGCGGUGGUUCGCCCACUGCAUUUAUAGAAACAUACGAUACAAGAGCGGAUCGUUGGAUUAAGGUGGAAGAGGUGGAUCCAGCUGGACCUCGAGCCUAUCACGGCACCGCAGUGCUGGGCUUCUGCAUCUACGUCAUCGGUGGCUUUGACGGGAUGGACUACUUCAAUUCUUGCCGCUGCUUCGAUGCAGUAACUAAAUCUUGGCGAGAGGUAGCCCCGAUGAAUGCUCGCCGGUGCUACGUGUCCGUAGCGGUGUUGGGCGAGACGAUCUACGCCAUGGGCGGCUACGACGGCCACCAUCGACAGAACACGGCCGAGCGGUUCAACCAUCGCACCAAUCAGUGGUCAUUAGUUGCGCCCAUGAAUGCACAACGGUCUGACGCUAGUGCCGCUUCGCUGGAUAACAAAAUUUAUAUAACUGGCGGCUUCAACGGUCAAGAGUGCAUGAAUAGCGUGGAAGUGUACGACCCCGACACGAAUCAAUGGACCAACCUGGCUCCCAUGCGCUCCCGCAGAUCCGGCGUGUCGUGUAUCGCUUACCACAACAAGAUCUACGUGAUAGGCGGAUUCAAUGGCAUCUCGAGGAUGUGCAGCGGCGAGGUGUACGACCCUACCACAAACACGUGGUCGCCUGUCCCUGAUAUGUACAACCCGAGGAGCAACUUCGCCAUCGAGGUCAUUGACGAUAUGAUCUUCGCUAUCGGAGGCUUCAACGGCGUCACUACCAUCUACCAUGUUGAAUGCUACGAUGAAAGGACCAAUGAGUGGUACGAAGCAACAGACAUGAACAUUUACCGCUCGGCGCUCUCAGCGUGCGUGAUAAUGGGACUGCCCAACGUAUACGAUUAUAUCCACAAGCACCGGGAGCGACUGAUGGAGGAAAAGCGUCAGAAGAUCUUGCUCUCGGAGACUGCGCGGCAUGGACAACAUCGUACUGCACUCCCAGAUGGCUCCCGAGGUGACCGACGAAACCAGCAAAUUAUAUCCAGACGCACUCAAAUUUUCGUCCCAAGGUGGAAUCGAACCCGCCUCUUUUGGAACAGCUGGCAGGUCCAUUUAAUGGAAGACAAUGAUGAUAUGCUAGAGCAGUUGGGCCUGAUGGAGAACCAAGUGAACAACGACGUCCCUAUCCCACCGCCACCACCACCGCCACAGGCCAUGGAGCAAGACAGGAAUUAGUUAAUGCUGCAAUGCUAUUUAUUCAGUAGCCUACACUUAUGUCAUUCCACUUAGUAAGGCACAUAGUAAAAAGGCGACAUGAGAACCAGUAUCCUAUAAUAUCUACUCAUUAUUAUUAUUAUGUAAAAUUGACGUAACCGAUAUUUAUUUUUAAAAUAUUUACACAUAUUUUAGUAAUUUUGGCAUAUUUUUAAUGUGAUUGUAUUUCAUAAUGUGAAUCAUACCUGUGUUUUUGGAACGGUUUUUUUGAAAAUAAUUGUAUCAAAUUUUUCGGACAAGUAUACGAUUUUGAAUUACAAAAUUAUUGUUUUAAUUACUGGAAGGCGAAAGCCACUAUGAAUACCUAUUUUAGGUACCUAUCAUGUUAUUGUGAUUUCUCUUUAAGACAUCAUCCAAGUGAAAUCUAAGACUUUCACGU